CCGUAGUGUUUUUAAUUUAUAUAUUUUUAUUAUUACGUGCGUUUUUCUCUGUGCUUUUCAAUUUCGCCGCAGUGCUGUUUUGUAUUUUUACCUGUACAUAUUAUUAUAUUAUAAUAUAUUGUCUUUUAAAACUGUGCGCGUUUCACGGCCCCGCCGUUUGGAUACAACAAUCUCUGCAGAUUCUUCGCACAUCGACCGGAUCUAUUAUCUGAACUUGAAAUGUAUUUGAAAGAAAAAUGGAAACCAAUCUCCGUGAGCAGACAAUGAACCACAACGGAAGUGGAGCAUCGCAUAAGAUAUCAAAGAAACGUGGGUCCACGACUCAUUAAUUGUCAUCCUGGCUUUUGUGAAACCUACACCUCCCGGCCCGCCACUGGCCGCUGGAAGGACAUCGGCCAUCUCAAGUUUAGGUAUGCCUUUCAUGGACGAUGUGUUACUCUGGUGUCCAGAGGCUGAGACCAAAAUUGACGAUUUCACCGAAUGUCUUGGUAACGAAGUUUCCAGUCUCGGUGAACUACUCCAAUCGGAGAUAUCCAGUGAAUUAGACAACGCUUUAGACGGAGGAGGAUCGAGUGUCCAGGAUGGCGGUGAACACUCUGGCGAUGAUGACAUUUUCAAGCAGCUGUCCGACUCGUCCGCGUUACUUGAACAGUUUUUCGAUUUUGUUAAUUGUGAUAUAAAGGAAGAAAAUAACAAUAAUGUUAUGUCAACGGGUAACAAAAACCAUGCUGCAGUUGCAUUACUCCAAGAACUGCAACGCACAAAUGCUGGCAAGAAAUUCAACAUUACCACUGCAAAUCCUUUGCUUGCAGAAAAACUUUUGAAUCCUGUGUCUCAGUUAAAUCCAAGUUUAAACCAAAAUUCAGAUAUGUUCAUCAAUCAAAACAAGUACAUCAAGACAGAACCUUCGAUAAAUGAUAUAGGUAAGCAAACCGUCCGACCGACAUCACCCCCACCGACCACCACUACUGUCGGUAAUGAAAAGGACGAGAACAUCGACUUCCUGGAUCACCUCCGGAUCGCUGGCAACGGCGGUGUAGGAAACCCGGGAGCGGCCGACCAUCUGCCUCCCAGGCAACAGUUGUCGUUCGCCCUGCCGCACGGAUUCCAUCAUGCUGGCUCUCUUCCGCCCAGCCCCGCGGACUCCGGUGUGUCCGACGUGGACAGCAGCAGCAGCGGGCACACGUCCACCGACACGGAGCUCAGGGCUCGGCUCCAACCACACCAGUAUCACCACCAAGUCUCUUCUUGCGGCCGCCGUACCAGUCCGGACCCACCGAGCAAUGUACAAUGUCACCAGCAACAACAACAACAGCAGCAGCAGCAGCAACAACAACAACAGCAACAGCAACAGCAACAACAGCAACAGCAGCAACAGGACUUGUUCUCCAGGAUAUACGGGGUGAACGCUCCGCCACCCGGCGCUUACCAUCAUCCCAGUCCCGCUUCUCCAUCGCCCAAACAUCCUCUUUUCAUGCGAAACAACCAUCCUUACGGAGGUGGCGUUGCUGGUUACCACCCGUCAACCGUCGGCGGCUACGGUCCGGCGGUCAGCCCCACAUCCGACGGCCACUUCGCCAUGCCACCGUGCCCGCCUGUGGCCGCGCUCCCGGGCGCCGGCACCGUGAUCGGUCGCGGGUCCGUCAUCCAGGCGGCCGCGGCCAAUUGUUACCAGCCCAACGGCGCCGGGGCGGCCAACCUCAACGACCUGUACUACAUGGACUUUGGCGCGCCCACCGCGGCCGCGGCCAUGUACCACCAGAAGACGGUCGGAAACAAGAGCGGCAACAACAAGAAGCCCAAGAAGUACGGCACCGUCGGGCGGCCGUCUGUGGCCGGUUCCCCGGGAGCCGUCCAACAGCAGACCUGUCCGGCCACGGGACCCAAGAGGAAAAGCCGAGAAGGUUCCACGACGUACCUUUGGGAAUUCUUGUUGAAACUGUUGCAAAACUCCGACUAUUGCCCGAGGUUCAUCAAAUGGUUGAACCGGGAAAAGGGCGUUUUCAAGUUGGUCGACUCCAAAGCGGUGUCCAAGCUCUGGGGAGAGCAUAAGAACAAACCAGACAUGAACUAUGAGACGAUGGGACGUGCUCUCAGGUAUUACUACCAGAGGGGAAUUCUGGCCAAAGUUGACGGCCAGAGGUUGGUGUACCAGUUUGUCGACGUUCCCAAAGACAUCGUCGAGAUCGAUUGUUCCGGCGCAUGAGGAUUGUGCGUAAACCCGAAAACGACCAAAGACCUCGUGAUUAUAAUAUAUAACUAUAUAUAUGAUAUUGUCAUCUUCAUCAUGGCAGUUGCUAUAUUAUAAUUUAUUCUUACCACCUCGGGUGCAGAAUCAUCGUCUUCAGUCAGUCGUCAUAUUAUUAUUAUUUUUAUUAUUAAUGUAAUUAUCAUUGCUGUACGCAGUUAAGAUUUGAUCUGCGUAUGGUGUGUAUAACAUAUUGUAUAUAAGAAGAAUGUAUGUGCGUGCAUGUGUUAUUAUAUAUAUAUUAUAUUAGUAUAUAGAAUACUGCACUAUAUUCGAGUUCAAACUCGUCCGCCGUGUAAAUAUCGCGCUAAAAACUUGUGUUUCUUUUUUUUUCAUAUUAUUAUAUUUAUUUUUUUUCUCUCGUGAACGUAUGUACCGCCACCGUCGUCGCUGCUACUGUUUGAACAAUAAUAUAUAAUAUUAUAAUAAUGUUUGUAUAAUAGUAUAUUUUGAUGUACUCCCUGCUGGCUGUGUAGCUGAUAUGCUGCAACCGUCGUCUGUGUGCAUGUGUAUGUGUGUGUGUGUGUGUAAAGACUGACAAUAAUUAACCGUAAAGAUAUUAUGAUAUAUACUAAAAAAAAUUUAAAAAAAUUUAAAAAAAAAACAGAAAUAUAUAAUAUAUAAAUUAAUUAUUGUUAGUUUGACCGAUCUCUAUGUUUUUAGUAUAUAUUAUAUAUAUUUAAAACAAAUCUCGAAACGUGUACAAAAUUUUAAUUAUUAUUAUUAUUAUUAUUAUUAUUUUAAUUAGGAAAAUAAAUUCGAUUCGGAACAAAUGAAAAACAAAAAAUAAAAGAUGAAAACGUUAUAAUUAUAUACACACGGCGCAUAUACGUGUGUGUAUAGUUUUAUUUUUACCAUUUAUCAUAAAUAUAACUAUUACGAUUGUAAUUUUUUUUUAUAUAUAUAUUUUUGUUCCGAGGACGCGUUUUUUUCUCAACUUAAGUCAACGAAACCCCUUAUUACUGUACAUAACCAUAAUUUAUAAGAAUAGUUUUAAGGUCAUAAUAUAUUAUAUUGUUGGUGUAAGUUUUUAAUUAUUCUUGUGCAUAUGUAUAUAUAAUAUAUAUACACAAUAUAUUAUAUUAUGUAGGUACUAAUGUUAUGUGUAAUAAUAUUUCUGUGUAAAAUUUUUCUCGAACUAUUUUUGUAUGCUUUUUUAAGUUAAAAUUAUUAUUUUUUCCUUUUAUUUAUUUUGUUGUUUUUGUAUGUAAUUUUAAGGAUUUAAUGUGUUUGUGAACCAUUAACAUGGACAAAACCGUUGGCACCGGAUGUUUAUAUAUCGAAUAAUAUCUUACCUUCGCGUCGCCUACAACGAAACUAAACGAAUAACAAACAGACUUUUAAUAUAAUCCGUACUUAAACACAUUUAAUAAUAAUGCGAUGAUAUAUUAUGUAUAUUUUAUAUAUUUUUAUUUUAAUAACGCUCGCGAAACUACUCGUAAAAGCUCAAAAAAUAGACGACUAUAUUAUAUUAUAAAAAUUUUUACUACUAUACACGGUCUAAAUAUAGUGGUAAUCACAACGAAACUGUUUACCAUUAUAAUUGUUACGUCCUUUAAACAAAUUAAUGAAUAAUAAUAAUAGUAAUGACUUAAUAAAUAUUUCAAUGUUAUUUGUAUGAAAAGAAUUUUUAAAAAAAUUGAAUUUAACCAACGUAAUAUAAUAAUAAUAAUAUACAAUAUAAUGUCGACGCGCAUGACGCGAGGAAAACAUACAAUAUUCUUAAUUAUCACUCGUCUCGUCAAUUUUUCGUAAAACGCGUUUUUUAAAAAACCUCAAACCAUACCAUGUACCAUUACCUAAUAAUACAGCACCGAUAUUAUACGAUAGCGAAUUAUUAUUAUUAUUAUUAGGUAUAUAUUUUGCGAAUAACAAUAGUAUUGUUAUAUUAUUAUUGUUAUUACUACUAUAAAUAAUUACCGUCGUUGGUUUGCUCGUACCUAUUAUAUAUUUCCAAUUUUGCUCAAGUAAAUAUGAAAUCUAAAACGAAAACGAAAUUUUUUCUCUGAUUUUCUCUCUCUCACUCUCUCUCUUUCUAACUUUUUCUUUCUGUUUUUAUUUCCUUCGUUGUUUACUGUAAUAAUAUAAUACACAUUAUUAUACAUACUCGCCAUUCGUCGUUUACCGUCGUAUUGUUACAAUAUAUGUAAAUUUAUUUUUUCGGUCGGCCGAUCGUAUUGUAUGCGCUGCACAGUUCAUUAUGUUAUGUAUUGCCCUGUUGACGUACAUACGUUUGUCGUGGUGUUUGUUUUUUGAGGGGGGAAGGGGUUGACGAUGAGUCGUGAUUGGUGGGUCAGGUAUUUGUCGGAUGAUUGUAGUUUAAGUAUAUUGGGCAGUUUGAAAAAAACCAGACGAAACGAACAAUUCAAUAGUGAUCGGAUAAGAACAAGGCGUUUAUUGUAUAAUACAUCGAUAUGUGAUUAUUAUAUAAUAUAUUGUUUUAAAUUAUUAUUAAUCUAAUCGAUUGGUGACGAAUUUUGUAAGAAGAUUAUUUAUAUUAGUUUUUUUUUGUUCUCUCCUUUUAUUUUCUUUAAAUUUUACGUUCCGUUAGAGACUGCGAACCGGCAUGUGAUUGAAUUAACGAGAAAUCGAAAGGAAUUUAUUAUAUACAUGGGUAUAUAUAGAUAUAUAGUUAAGAUGUGAUUUAUUAAAAAUAACUAAUCGAAUAAAUGUUUUUUUUGAAACAAAUUUUCUACGAAAUUGUUAUAAUAAUAAUAAUAUAUACUGUGUACCUAGGGAAGAAUUGAUUAUUUAAAUAUUAUAAUAUAUUAUAUGUUGUAAAAUA